AAUAGCAACAAAAAAUAAGGAUGUCGUCCGAACCAGCUCCUUAUGUACCCAAAAAUGUCCUCAUAACGGGUGCAGCAGGCUUCAUUCCCUCUCAUGUAACCAAUAGAUUGACCAAACUAUAUCCUAACUACAGGAUUGUUGCUCUUGACAAGCUCGAUUAUUGUUCGAGUCUAAAGAAUUUGGAGCCAAGUUACUCAUGUCCGAAUUUCAAAUUUGUCAAGGCUGAUAUAACGAGUGCUGAUCUUAUCAACCAUCUUUUGGUUGAGGAGAAGAUUGACACAAUUAUGCAUUUUGCAGCACAGACUCAUGUGGAUAAUUCAUUUGGAAAUUCAUUCGAGUUCACCAUCAAUAAUAUUUAUGGUACUCAUGUGCUUCUCGAGGCUUGUAAGUUGACGAAAUCCAUCAAAAGAUUCAUUCAUGUUAGUACGGAUGAAGUUUAUGGCGAAACUGAUUUGGAGACUGACAUUGGCAAUCCUGAAGCUUCUCAACUCCUUCCUACUAAUCCAUAUUCCGCGACUAAAGCUGGAGCUGAAAUGCUUGUCAUGGCUUAUAAUAGGUCUUAUGGCCUACCAACAAUCACUACUCGAGGGAAUAACGUGUAUGGCCCAAAUCAGUUCCCUGAGAAGUUGAUUCCAAAGUUCAUUAUUCUUGCAAUGAAGGGUGAGCGUUUGCCAAUUCAUGGCGAUGGAACAAAUGUUAGGAGCUAUUUGUACUCUGCUGAUGUUGCUGAGGCAUUUGAUGUGAUACUGCAUAAAGGGGUAAUUGGACAUGUGUAUAACAUUGGCACUAAGAAGGAGAGGGCAGUUUUGGACGUGGCUGCAGACAUAUGCAAAUUAUUCGGAAAGAAUGCUCAAGAAGUUAUCGAGCUUGUCCAAGAUAGGCCUUUUAAUGACCAAAGGUAUUUCCUGGAUGAUCAAAAGCUUAAGAAGUUAGGGUGGCAAGAAAGGACUACUUGGGAGGCAGGACUAAAGAUGACACUCGAUUGGUACACCAAAAAUCCCGAUUGGUGGGGUGAUAUAACCGGAGCCCUUCACCCACAUCCGAGAAUUUCAAACAUUGUGCCUUCACAUGAUGAAGGGUGUCUGUUGCAGCUUGUAAAAAGAAGCAACAAAGGUUGUGGCUCAGACUUGAAGUUCUUGAUUUACGGAAAAACUGGUUGGAUUGGAGGGUUGUUAGGAAAGAUUUGUGAUGAACGUGGAAUAUCAUACGAGUAUGGAUUAGGACGACUACAGGAUAGGAGUUCUCUAAUGCAAGACAUUAUAAGAGUAAAGCCAACUCAUGUUUUCAACGCGGCUGGUGUUACUGGGAGGCCUAAUGUGGAUUGGUGUGAAUCACAUAAAGCAGAGACAAUUAGAACGAACGUUGCUGGUACACUAACUUUAGCUGAUAUCUGCAGAGAAGCAGAUAUCUUAGUGAUGAAUUUCGCGACAGGUUGCAUAUUUGAAUAUGAUGAGAGGCAUCCAUUAGGCUCAGGCAUCGGAUUCAAAGAGGAAGACAAACCAAAUUUUACAGGAUCCUUUUACUCGAAGACCAAAGCCAUGGUUGAAGAGCUUCUAAAAGAAUAUGAUAAUGUAUGCACUCUCCGAGUAAGAAUGCCAAUAUCAUCAGACCUUAGUAACCCGAGAAACUUCAUCACAAAGAUAACGCGUUAUGAUAAAGUGGUAAACAUCCCAAAUAGCAUGACAGUUCUAGAUGAGCUACUACCAAUCUCUAUUGAAAUGGCAAAGAGAAACUGUAGAGGGAUAUGGAACUUCACUAAUCCGGGAGUUGUGAGCCACAACGAGAUUCUAGGGAUGUAUAAAGACUACAUCGAUCCCAAAUUCAAGUGGCAGAAUUUCGAUCUUCAAGAACAAGCCAAAGUGAUCGUUGCACCACGAAGUAACAACGAGCUUGACAUGACAAAGCUGAAAAAAGAGUUUCCAGAAUUGCUAUCAAUCAAAGAUUCAAUCAUCAAGUAUGUCUUCGGACCUAACAAAAAGACAUAA